AUGGGCGCUAGCGGCCCCCGGCGGAGCCCCGGCCCCCCUGACGGCGGCUGGGGCUGGGUGGUGCUAGGCGCCUGCUUCGUGGUCACCGGUUUCGCCUAUGGCUUCCCCAAGGCCGUGAGCGUCUUCUUCCGCGCGCUUAUGCGCGACUUCGGCGCGGGCUACAGCGACACAGCCUGGGUGUCCUCCAUCAUGCUCGCCAUGCUCUACGGCACCGGCCCAGUGUCCAGCAUCCUUGUUACCCGCUUUGGCUGUCGCCCGGUGAUGCUAGUGGGUGGGCUGUUGGCCUCUGCGGGCAUGGUCCUAGCAUCCUUCGCCACGCGCCUCCUGGAGCUAUACCUGACGGCUGGGGUGCUCACAGGCCUGGGCCUGGCCCUGAACUUCCAGCCGUCGCUCAUUAUGCUGGGGCUGUACUUCGAGCGGCGGCGGCCUCUGGCCAACGGGCUGGCGGCGGCGGGCAGCCCAGUUUUCCUGUCGGCUCUGUCGCCGCUCGGCCAGCAGCUGCUCGAGCGCUUCGGCUGGCGCGGCGGCUUCCUGCUGUUCGGCGGCCUCCUGCUGCACUGCUGCGCGUGCGGCGCCGUCAUGCGGCCGCCACCGGGGCCGAGCCCGCGGCCGCGCAGGGACAGCGCCAGCGACGCUCCCGGGGAGGCGGAGGCGGAGGCGGAUCUCGAGGGACUGCGCCUGCGCGAGGCGCCCUCUGGCGGCCGGACCCGCCGGCGCCUGCUGGACGUGGCGGUGUGCACGGACCGCGCCUUCGCGGUGUACGCCGUCACCAAGUUCCUGAUGGCGCUCGGGCUCUUCGUGCCCGCCAUCCUGUUGGUGAACUACGCCAAGGACGCAGGCGUGCCUGACUCCGAGGCUGCCUUCCUGCUCUCCAUCGUGGGCUUCGUAGACAUCGUGGCGCGGCCGGCCUGCGGCGCCCUGGCUGGGCUGGCACGCCUGCGACCGCAUGUCGCCUACCUCUUCAGCCUGGCCCUGAUGGCCAAUGGGCUCACAGACCUGAGCAGCGCGCGCGCGCGCUCCUACGGUGCCCUUGUCGCCUUCUGCAUCGCCUUCGGCCUCUCCUAUGGCAUGGUGGGCGCGCUGCAGUUCGAGGUGCUCAUGGCAGCCGUGGGUGCACCGCGAUUCCCCAGUGCCCUGGGCCUGGUGCUACUACUCGAGGCCGUGGCUGUUCUCAUCGGACCGCCCUCUGCCGGCCGCCUGGUGGAUGCGUUGAAGAACUACGAGAUCAUCUUCUACCUGGCGGGCUCUGAGGUGGCCCUGGCUGGGAUCUUCAUGGCUGUCGCCACCAACUGUUGCCUGCGCCGCUCUCGCUCUCGGGAUGCCUCGCCCAGCCCAGGCACUGAGGGCGGGGCCAGCAACACAGAGGAUGCUGAAGCUGAAGUGGACUCUGAGCCCCUGCCCACCAGCACUGAGGAGCCUGGUGGCCUCGAGACCCUGGAGGUGCCGAGCCCGGGGACUGGGCCUUCAGAACCCAAGGUGGAGGCAGAGCCAGGGCUGGACUCUGAGUCUGUGUAGCGCGGGGGCACUAGGUGGGGUGGCCAGUGACUUUGGGGGUGGGGCUUCCUCUCUCAGAGUCCUC